AUGAACGCGCCCGUUACGCCACCCACCGCUCCGCGCCCGUCCCGCGCCCGCCCCGCACCCGCCCCGCGCCCGUCCCGCAACCGCCCCGCGCCUGCCGCGCCACCCGCGCGCCUAGAAGGCCUGCACUCCGACGAGACGGGGUCCGGUGACAACUCGAACGCCGGCUCUAGCGGGGCGGACGACGAUGCCGCGCGGUUGCGGCUCAAACGCAAGCUGCAACGGAACCGCACCAGCUUCACCAAUGACCAGAUAGACAGCCUUGAAAGAGGUCAGUCCGUGUGGUUCUCGAAUCGUCGCGCGAAGUGGCGGCGCGAGGAGAAGAUCCGCUCGCAGCGUCGCAGCCCGGAGUGCGCGUACGCCGCGCCCGCGCUCUCCCACGCGCCGCAGCACGCGCCCGCGCACGCACCCGCGCCCGUCUCCGCGCCCGCGCCCGCGCACCCGCCCUACCAGCCGCCGCUCAACGUCGACACUUACAGCCCCCUGACGCCGAUGGGUUACGGCGGCGGCGGCCUGGUAGCCGACACGGGCGCGUGCGAGGCGGAGGGGGAGCUGUGCAAGGGUGGAUAUGUUGCCCUGCAGCCUCAUCCUACGUGCGUGCUCAGUCGGCUCAUACGUAGUAUCACGAUGAAUAAGAAAGGCAAUAAUUAG